AUGCUAAUUCCCGUUUGGAAUACAGGAGGUCGUACUGCUUGGUCUAGUACUGUCACCGUACAGGGCAUCCCGACUGCUAUCGCUGCCCGCUACUGGUAUGACGGCCAGUUCGUCAACAAUGCCAAAGAAGACGCCGCCGAGGUCGCCCUAAAGCUGUUGAACCAGCAACCCAGAGCUUCGACCGUCUAUCAGGGACAGCUCUUCCCCCAGCAAUCGACCAGUCUUGGCCGUGGUGCUGGCGGGUUCUGA